CAGUUAAGCUUUUCGCCUCAUCAGCAGGCCAGAUUCGUGAGCGACAUUUUCGAGUCAGCGGCUUAUAAGUCCGGGCAGCCAGUGAUUAGCAUUUAGUCGAAUUUUGAUUGCCAAGGGUCCAGGUACCUCAGAGACAUCUCAAUCUCAGUCUCAAUCUCCAUUGGAAAUGCGUGUCUUUAUUGUUUCUUGCCUUCUGGGCCUGACGGUGGCUGCGCCCCAAGGAUACAGCUACAGUCAAGUCCAACAGCAGCAGCCAUCCGCGCCCCUGCAGCUGCCCGGAAUUCCCCAGAUUCCCCAGAUUGCCAGCUUUGCCGAGCAGACUCUGCUUCAGCAGGCUCUACAGGCCCCCAAGGUGCAGCAGGUGUUGUCCGGCGGCAGUGCCAGCUACUCCACGGCCCCCCAGCAGUACCAGACGCAGCCUCAGCAGUACCAGCAGCAGCCUACGCAGCUAACCGGCAACUUUGCUUACAACGCCCUGCCCCAGCAACAGAGCUACCAGCCGCAACAACAGCAGCAGCAACAGCACCUGGUCUCCAAGGACAUAUAUGUGCAUGUACCGCCAGCUGAGGAGCCCGAGGAGCGGUACCCUCAGCCCGUCCUUUCUCCGGCACCUCCUCGCAAGCACUACCGCAUUGUGUUCAUCAAGGCGCCCACGCCCAGCGUGAGUAAGGCGGCUCUGCGCAUCAAGCAGGCUCCCGUGGAGGAGAAGACCAUCAUCUACGUCCUGACCAAGAAGCCCGAUCCCCUGGACCUGCAGACGGCCAUCGAGGAGAUCGCCCCCAAGCAGCCCAGCAAGCCGGAGGUCUUCUUCAUCAAAUACAAGACCCAGGAGGAAGCAGCACAUGCGCAGCGCACCAUCCAAGCUCAAUAUGACCAGCUUGGAGGUACCUCCCAGGUCUCUGAUGAGGGGAUCGCACCCGUGACUUCGGUCAUUGGUGUCCUGGACAACCCAGCUACCGGAAACGCUGCCCUCGGGGGUCUGACGGGCGGCAGCCUGGCCAGCAAGUACCUGCCCGCCCACCUGCGCACUUAGGCGAUGGAAUUUCCGAUGCCAAGCCAAAAGGACUGCCGUAUCUUUAAGUUCCCAGUUGUUGUAUAUAUUUAGAUAAAUUAACUUGACUUUGAUUUGCCAACCCAUCCGUAUCACAGUGUUGCAAUUAUCAAAUAAAAAAGAGAUUGGAGCUCGGCGGCCGUAAAUUUAUGGCUCGUGAUGCCCAAAAAAUGUUACAAAAAAGUAUAUA